UUUUUACACCUUCUUCUCUAAAUAAGGAAGCUGCCUGUUUGGCCUCCGGCAGCCCAACCAAUUUGACCCCUUUGCUUUCAGCAGCCAAUGAAACCCCACUCCUGCCUCCGGUCUUGGGUGACAGCAUUCAUCAAACCUCAGCCAGCCUGGGAGGACGGCAGGUUAGUGUUACAGCCAUGGCAGGCUCACCUCUGGCAAGCUGUUGAUGUCAGAGUGAUGAUGCGGGGAGGGACAGCCUCUGCACUAUAAAGAUGGGUCAAUCAAAUAUAACUGCGGCUGCCCACGGGAGAGCAGGAUCUACAAAACAUGGUCCCUACCAGUUCGAGUCCUGCCGGCCUGUCUCUGCUUCCAACUCAACUGCAAUCGGGCUUUAGUUUCAUGUCAGCAAUCUCUAUUUGCUUUCCAAAAAUAAGCCUCUGCCACCAUGCUGAAGGGAGAAAACCAAGAAGGGCGGUAUUUUUAGGGCCAUUAAUUCUGACCACGUGCCCAGGAGGUGAACCGGAUGGCCACUGCACAAAGACUUCUCAUCACUAUGUCCUGCGAAGCCAGCAUUCACCGGACGUUGCCUGCUUUCGUUCUCCUGGGUUUUCUAACUGGGAUUGCUUCAACACAUCCAGUUGUAAGCAGAACUAAUGGCACAUUGCUGGAAAGAGGAUGGCAGUCUCUGUUGUCCAGGUCCAUUGCUGGGAUGUCAGGGGAGAAGUCAGAUGGCAACUGGGAGAGUGACUAUUUGCUAGGAAUCAAGAGGCAGCGGAGGCUUUACUGCAACGUGGGCAUCGGGUUUCACCUUCAAAUCCUCCCAGAUGGAAGGAUAAGCGGAGUUCACAAUGAAAACCAAUACAGUCUCUUUGAAAUAUCCACAGUAGAGAGAGGUGUCGUUAGCCUGUUCGGUGUGAAAAGUGCUCUCUUCAUCGCAAUGAACAACAAAGGGAAGUUGUAUGGAACGGCUGUUUUCCAAGAUGAGUGCAAAUUCAAAGAAACCUUGCUGCCUAAUAACUACAACUCAUAUGAAUCAGAUGCUUACUGUGGUGCUUACAUAGCACUCAGCAAACAUGGGAGAGUGAAGAGAGGAAACAAGGUUUCUCCUGCUAUGACAGUGACCCACUUCUUACCAAGAAUAUGAACACGGGCAAAGCUGAAGAUUAAAUCGCAGGAAAAACUCUUUCAUUUUGCACAUGGGAAGAAUCUCCCAGGUAAAGUAUUUAUACUGUUCAUUGAAAAAAAAUGUAUCUAUGUGUAUAUUUGGAUAAAAAUAUUUGUACUAGAUUCAUCACAUAGCAUAUGUAAUACAAUGCUACUUCUCUUCUACUCUGUGCAAAUUUUACAUGGCUUGUGUGCCUCCUUUGGUGCUGAACAGAGAAAAAUGCAAGCUGAAUUGCAAAGGAAGUAUUCGGAAGACAAAAUGGCUGUAGGUAAUCAUCUGAUUGAUCAUAGAUUAUCUACUAAAUAAUACUAAUUACCUCAGAAAAUAACCUUUCAUAGUGAGCUGUUUACAUAUCAUGGGCCAAAUCAUCAAAGGACUUUGCUUCAUCAGAGCUUCAAGCAGUUCACUCCAUCUGAAUAUCUGCCUGCACCUCCCCUUCUACACACUGUGUCCUCAAUCUAUUAUAUGGAUCAUUAGGAUGCCAAUUCCGCACCCAUUUCUACACAAGCAAACUGCCUACCCCCAGAGUCCCUCUGUCUAUGAAGGGAUUCUCCAUGGUAUUCUCACAUGGACUUGCUGGCAAAAUGAAGAUCUGCAAUCAAUUUCCCUUAGGAAGGGCCACAGGAUAAAUGACAGAUGGGC